UCUAACAGGCAGGGAUUUUGGUGAAAUGAAAGUGGAAGCAAAGAGCCUGCCGGGUCUACAUCAGGAGUGUACUUCAGGUCCGGCUUAGAGGAGACUAAAGCCUGUCAGAAGGUACAAGCAAGAGUUUAGUCACUGGACACUGCCACUUUGUGCCCAGCUCUGAAGCCUCAGCUCUUGCCGCCCGGACCUCAGGCCCAUGUCAGUGACCCAUGAUGCCACCCUCCGUGGCCUUCGGGAGGAGCAGGCCAGACUAAAGAGGAGGCUGCAGGAGCUGCAGCAGCGGAGGAGGGAACUCAAGGGCUUCUCCCAUCCGGAGGACCAGGUCCCAUUCCCAGUGCCCUUGGUCCCCAUGGUGUUCCGAGGACACACUCAGCAGGGCACAGAAGUGCCCAAGUCUUCAGUUUCCAAACUGCGGAUCCGCUACCCUCUGCCUGGAGGCUCUGCUUUGGUCACCUUCGAUGACCCCAAGGUGGCCCAGAGGGUGCUACGACAAAAGGAGCAUAAGAUCGACAUCGAUGAGUGCCGGCUGCGGGUGCAAGUCCAGUCCUUGGAGCUGCCCAUGGUGACCACCAUGCAGGUGUCCAGACACAUAAGCAGGAGGAGUGUGCUGGUCACUGGGUUUCCUGCAGGGCUCGGGCUGAGUGAGGAGGUGCUGCUGGACAAGCUGGAGAUCUUCUUUGGCAAGACCAGCAACGGGGGUGGCGAUGUGGAGAGUCGGAAGCUGCUGCCAGGGGGUGCCGUGCUGGGUUUCACUAAGAAUGCAGUGGCCCAGCACCUGUGCCAGACUGGCCAGUUUACAGUGCCACUGGGCACAAAAAGCUUCCGUUUGAGAAUCUCUCCCUUCCUAAGUGGGGAGAUCCAGAAGGCGGAGAUCGUGUUCCGGCCAGUGGCCCAGUCAGUGCUGGUGCUCAACAUUCCUGACAUACUGGACGGCCCGGAGCUGCAGGACAUCCUGGAGGUCUACUUCCAGAAGCCCUCCCAUGGAGGUGGGGAGGUGGAGGCCCUGACAGCCGUGCCCCCGGGCCAGCGGGGCCUGGUGGUCUUCACCAGCACGGCGGGCUAAGAGCCUGCCCUUCUCAUCCCCUCACCUGCACCCCUGCCAAGCCUCUCGAACCAGGCUGGAGGUGGGUGCACAGGUGUGAGAGAGGGCGCCAUCAACAGCGGCUGGGAUUAUGGCUUGUGAAAUGCGUCCCAAGAACAAUAAAAGUGGUGUGACCAUC